AUGACCGGGAUACGGUCCAUGGACAAAGAUCCUGACUACGAAGUUUCCCUCCUCCGCUUAUUCGAAAAGAUUUCAAACGGUUCACUCAUCGAAAUCUCUCACACCGGAACGGCAGUCCUUUUUAAACCUGGAGUGCUCACCGGUGGUCCAGUCACUCACGACUGUCCGCUAUCCCGGUCGGUUGGCUACUUUUUGGAGCCCAUUAUCGCUCUGGCUCCAUUCAGCAAAAAGCCAUUGAUGCUGACGCUCAAGGGAAUCACUACCGACGACAAGGAUCUUAGUGUGGAUCUGAUCAGGACCGUGACGCUCCCCACGCUCGCAAUAUUUGGCAUCGAGGACGGUGUAGAGUUCAAGAUAAAGAGACGAGGAGCGCCUCCUGGUGGUGGUGGAGAGGUUCAAUUCAUCGCCCCCGUGGUCAAGAGCGUCAAGACGAUCAAUUUUGUAAACCCUGGCAGAGUGAAGCGAAUCCGAGGUAUCGCUCAUGCGGUCCGCGUCUCGCCACAGUUUUCGAAUCGAAUGGUUGACGCUGCACGAUCUGUCCUCAACCGGUACAUCCCGGACAUUUACAUCCAUUCUGAUGUAUACAAAGGCGACGAGUCUGGGAAAUCACCUGGCUACGCACUCAGCUUGCUAGCAGAGACAACCGAAGGCGCAAUCUAUUGCUCCGAAGCCGUCUCCGUUCCCCGACGGGAGAAGAUUAUAGACGAGAGGAAAAGGGACAAGAUAUUCGGAGAGGAGAAAGAGGAUGAGGGCCCUCUUCCGGUUACACCAGAAGAUCUCGCUCUUAGAGCUUCAAGAGAGCUGUUGCUUGAGAUUCAGCGAGCAGGAUGUGUUGACCGCAAGCAUCAAUGGAUUGCGCUCUUAUUUAUGGUCCUCGGCAGUGAGGACGUCGGGAGGAUCAAGAUAGGGCCGCUAACACCACGAACUAUUCAGUUCCUCAGAGAUAUCAAGUAUGCAUUUGGCACAUCCUUCAAAAUUACUCCUGCGGAUGAGAGUAAUCCGACUGGAGAACUUAUCCUUUCAUGUUAUGGUACUGGCUUUGUUAACGUCAAUAGAUCUGUUGCUUGA